GGUUCUUGGUGCUCGCGACUCGCGCUGCUACGUUCGCCACCGUGUAUUUUUAGAUCGACGUCGAGUGUGUUGUCUGCGUGUGGCACACAGCCUCGCGAAGGGCAAAGUUUUGACUCAUAGGAUUGGGUGUUUUCAUUCCCGUUGACUUGGACGGAGUUGCAAUCGCACUGCGGUAUAUGUGCAGCAUAGCAGGCAAUUAAGUCUGGAUCAACUCCUUCCAUCCGCCUACUGAAGUAACUCGGCGGUAGAUCGUCAUCCGUUCGAUUCGAGAUGUCAGAUAGAUUGAACGAAGUUCUGAUUCGUCUUAGUGGUCUUCGGGUAGCACAAGACCACUUAGGAAACCUGACAACGAUGUCACUGCCAGACCUUGAAAAGCUUGUAGAGCGACUGGAACAAGUCGCCUUUCGCCUGGAACGAGCUGAAGCAUGCCCGGCAACAGCUGGUGCUGGGGGACGCGUCCUGAUGCGUGGGACUUCAGUGGAGCUCAUCUCUGCUUCGGUGCAGGCUUAUGACUCUGUUCUCAGUGGUGCCCUGCACAACUACGUCACACUCAGCAAGAAGAUUGGCGCUGAGGUGGCCACUCAUGCUGACAUGGUGACCAAGGCUUUCCAAGUGCAGAGACAGUUCCUGACAAUAGCUGCGAAAUCUCGCGAGCCAGAUAAGAACGCCCUGAGGGAGCUUUUGAAGCCAACCUCUGAUCAGAUUCAAGCUGUUCAGGACUUCCGCGAGAAGAACCGCACGAGCAAGUUGUUCAACCAUCUCUCUGCAGUCAGCGAAUCCAUUCCUGCUCUAGGAUGGGUUACUAUUAGCCCAGCUCCAGCACCAUUCGUGAAGGAAAUGAACGAUGCCUGUCAGUUCUACACGAACAGAGUGCUGGUAGACUACAAGGACAAGGACAAGACCCACAUUGACUGGGCACGUUCCUGGUUGUCGGUCCUUGUGGAUCUGCAGGGCUUCGUGAAAGCUCAUCAUCUGACUGGUCUGGUGUGGAACCACAUGGGUGGAGAUGCGAUGUCCUUGGCAAAAGGCAGCGGACCUGCACCAGCAGCAGGUGGAGGCCCUCCCCCACCUCCUCCUCCGCCGCCACCUGCAGACUUCUUGGGUUCAGCUCCGACCGAGGAUCCGCGAGCUGCCCUCUUCAGGGACAUCAACAAGGGAGAGAACAUCAGCAAGGCUUUAAAGAAAGUCAGUGCAGAACAGAUGACCCACAAGAACCCUUCCUUGCGUGGCCAAGCGCCAUUGCCCGGCAAAGGCAGCCCGUCUGCUCCUGGGUUUGCAUCCAGCAAGCCUUCUCAAGAGGUCAUGAAGCCACCCAGGUUCGAACUCGAAGGAAAGAAGUGGUGUCUGGACUACCAAGUAAACCAGCAGCAAUUGGUCGUGGACAACACUCAGAUGAACCAAUCUGUGAGCAUUUACAAGUGUGUCAACUCAGUCGUCAUUGUCAAGGGAAAAGUCAACUCCAUUUCUAUAGAUUCAUGCAAGAAGACGUCCGUCGUGUUUGACGAUAUUGUCUCUGUUGUGGAGUUCAUCAACUGCCAAAGUGUGAAGGCUCAGUCUCUGGGUAAAGUGCCCACCAUUGCUAUUGACAAGACUGACGGAGCCCAUGUGUAUCUGUCCGACAAGUCGCUCGAUGCCGAGAUCGUGACUUCCAAGUCUUCCGAAGUGAAUGUUUCUGUUCCCAAGGCUGAUGGAGACUUUUUGGAAAUCCCAGUGCCAGAGCAGUACAAGUCUAAAUGGAAUGGCAAGACACUGUCAACGAUCGUCGUUGACCAGGCAUAACUGCCCGCUCCUUGAAGCCAGACGUGUACAAACGAAGUGGCAUCGAAGCUGUUUUCAAGUAUAUUUACGACGUGUGGAAACGAAGGGUGUUUUUUUGUAUCUUUGACAUUGGUAUUUUUUUCAUUUGACGAUAUUGACGACUUGGUAUAUUUUGAUCUUGCGUAUUUAAAAGGGUAUAAAAACGUUUUUACUAGUCAAAAAUCGAAAUUGCCAGUGACGACGCCCUGCAGUGCAUUGGUGCAGUGUGCUAAGAGAGUGUGUGUGUGUACCGAGAUUGCUCAAUAAACCAUUGCUUUCAUUG